GUCCAAUCGUCUGAGCCUGUCCUCUUAUUCCCGGUUGUAACUAAAUACUGUUGCGAGCGCAGCCGAAGCCCUUUGUUGGAGAUGUGUGAGCGCAGUCUCUACAGAGCGGGCUAUGUGGGCUCGCUUCUGAAUCUGCAGUCGCCAGACUCUUUCUACUUCUCCAACCUGCGGCCGAAUGGCGGCCAGCUGGCCGCACUUCCCCCUAUCUCCUACCCGCGCGGCGCGCUGCCCUGGGCCACCACGCCCGCCUCCUGCGCCCCCGCGCAGCCUGCGGGCGCCACUGCCUUCGGCGGCUUCACGCAGCCCUACCUGGCUGGCUCCGGGCCUCUCGGCCUGCAGCCCCCAACAGCCAAGGACGGACCCGAAGAGCAGGCUAAGUUCUAUGCGCCCGAAGCGGCCGCUGGGCCAGAGGAGCGCGGUCGUACCCGGCCGUCCUUCGCCCCCGAGUCUAGCCUGGCUCCUGCAGUGGCUGCUCUCAAAGCGGCCAAGUAUGACUACGCUGGUGUGGGUCGUGCCACGCCGGGCUCCACGACCCUGCUCCAGGGGGCUCCCUGCGCCCCUGGCUUCAAGGACGACACCAAGGGCCCGCUCAACUUGAACAUGACAGUGCAGGCGGCGGGCGUUGCCUCUUGCCUGCGACCUUCACUGCCCGACGGCCUGCCGUGGGGGGCGGCCCCGGGGAGGGCCCGCAAGAAGCGGAAACCCUACACGAAGCAGCAGAUUGCGGAGUUGGAGAACGAAUUCCUCGUCAACGAAUUCAUCAACAGGCAGAAACGCAAGGAAUUGUCCAAUAGGCUGAACCUCAGCGACCAGCAAGUCAAAAUCUGGUUCCAGAACAGGCGUAUGAAGAAGAAGCGCGUGGUGCUUCGGGAGCAGGCGCUGGCGCUCUACUAGCCGCGCGCGUGGCCAGGGCCGGGUUGGAUCUGCCCUUUUGGACAGAGGCCUUGUUUGGGGAGGGGGAUCUGGGGCUAAGGCUAAGGCUUUUCCUUCGGUUCCUUCUCUGCUGGUCCCAGAAGCCACCAAGAGAUUUACAGACCAGGCCAGCUGGGCCUCCUUGCUUUCCUCAGUCCCUGAGAAGCCCGUGAGAAACGUGCGGAAGUACCAGUGCAACUCUGGCUGGCCUUAAGGCUUCCACGUUGGGGGACUGAGGCCAACUCUCCUUGCUCCUGGCUGGGGCAUUUGCACCCACCGCUCAUUCUUGCUCCCUGGUACCUGGAUUUUUCUGUUUCCACCCAAUUCGUUCUCCCUUUCCCCCUCUCUCCAGCCCCUUCAGCGUAUAGCAGUCGCCUAGUUAGGGCUCAGAGUGGAAGGCCUCCUGAGGGAAUGGAAAGGACUGUGGGUACAAUUAGGUCUCUGCAGCAGAAGCCCUUUGUGGCAAGGCCAGGAUCUUCACUCUGGAGAAAGGAAAGGGCACCAUCCACCCUCCACCCUCCUGUCUGCUCUGGCUGAUUUGAGAGGACAAAAGCCACACUAGAUCUGCAGACUUUGGGAGGAAAAGGGAGGGAAGGGGAGGGGCUGGGUAGUGGGGUAAACUUGGAGAUAUCUCGAAAUGAGAAAUGCGAAAUAGGAUGGCCUAUUUCCAGCUGGGUAGAAUACGGUGGAACCUUCGUUUCCUGAGAUGGGAUGAGAGAGACUGGGGCUCCAGACAAGUGCCAUCUCCAGACAAGACUGGCAAACAUUGCCCUACUCCCACCUUCUCAAACAUGCCUAGGCCAGGCCUAUGAACCCUGUAACUGGAUCCCCAGAGCCUAGCUCUGGUGAAAGGAGCUGUUGGUCUGCUUUGAAGCUCUGUUGCACAGGGAGGAGGGAAAAAUAUCCAGGGGAGGAGAAGGGAGUGAAUAAGAGGAGGAGGGGUACUGCACUCCAACUGUAAAUAUGGCUUUCCAGUUGAGGUGAGUAAAGGUGUUGGUGCAUCUUUCUUUCUUCAAUUACCUUAAUGGAACCCCAUAAGGAUAGGCCUUCUCAAGAGUCAAGGGGAGGGGAAGGAAGUCUCUUAGAUUCUCUGCCCUGCUAGCUGCUCUUGACAAAGCAAAGAGGACCAGAAGUUCCUCUCACCGUCUCUACCAUCUGCCAACUCUACCAGAGGCUCAGCUACUGUGCCCCUUCUGAGGCAUGUCUGGCCUGUCCCAGUGGAGACUUUAAGGCCCUGGGCCCUGCCAGCCUUGCCUCAUGGAGGCAGGGGUUCCCAAAUGCCAGGUGGAGUUGUUCUGGGUGUACUGGAGUGUCCCGCCUUAAUCUCAGUGAACCAAGCCUCCCCCUGCCAGCUCAUUCCACUAUCCCUGCCUCUUCUCCCUCUCCUUCUGACAUGUAGCACUCCUCCUUUGCAAUUCCUAGCACGAUGCACAACAACUCAAGGAUUCAGGAUUCCUUCCCAAAGUCCAGUGAUUUCUUUUCAGUGGAGGACCUGGCCCUAAACCUGGAGUGGGCCCCUCACAGAGAGCCCUGAGCCUUAGCCCAACUGACUUCAGUUGAUAUUUAAACUAAUUUCAUUUUCUAGGCUAUCUAAUAGUUAUCAUGCAUGUUUUGUUUUGAUUUUGUCAAAAACAGUAGCUUGUAUAUAUCAGACACAAUAUAUACAAAUGUUUUGAGUGAAAAUAAAUAUCCAGGUCUGAGCCAAGCUGUCAAGGGGCUGAAGUCAAUUUUUCAAAAUGUUUUGGAUUCCACCUUAAUGUUUUUCAGGCCACCAAAUUCAUUUUUCUUUUCUGGUUGUUGUUUCACCGCGGGUGUUGACUGUUCGUUAAAUGAGAAAAUGGCUUCCGAGGCAGUCAGGAAAUGGUGUGUAAAAGCCUACGAACCAAAUAUGUUUGGAAUAUCCAAAAGGGAAGGACCAUGGCAGAUCUGAGUGUGUCUCACACAUUAAGGGGACUCUCAGUUUGUUGCAAGCUGGGACUUCCACACUUAGCCUAAAUUCUCAAAUUUUAAAGCUUGCUGGUAUUCGGGGUCUGUAAAGAUUUGAGGUUCUUCAGAUGUCAAAACAAAACAUCUGUCUCCACCGAGUUUUGGUCUGACUUCUCUGGAACCGGCUAUGUCCUGCUAAAUCCUUGAUACCAGCAGGUUUACCAGGCACCCAGCAGACUCCCUUGGGAAAUGGGGCCUCAAAACUCCCUAGUCCAUCUGAACCUCUAGCUUAGUCCAGGAAAGUCAGGGCCUGCUUGCUACUCAUUUUCUUGCAAACCCCAGCUCCUAGCUGGUGGAGGUGGAAACUAGCUUUUAGCUAGAGGAAGAAUUAGCAAAACCACUAAAUCACUAACACUGAAUAUUCAACAUUUCAACUCCCCUUCCCAGAAGCAAAUUUGGUGUAUAAUUGAAAUUUUUAAUUGUUCUUUAAUUGUAUACACACACACAACUAUAUAUACCUAUAUGUAUAUAUAUUCAAUAGGAGAGAAAGAAGCAAGAGCUGCCAAGGCCCUAUGGCUCAAAAGGAUUCUCCACCUGGCUGGGCACAUAGAGGCGAUGGUACCCAGAGCAGGAUCUCCAAGUCUGAGUCUGCAUUCAGAGGUUUGCCUCCUCAAAAACAACUGAACAAAGGCUGAAGCCGCACUGAGCCCUCGGAAGGCUGGGGAAAGGAGGAGGAAAGCAUAUGAACUCAGAUCCAGGCCUUAAGACAGAAAACACGGAGGCCGUUUCUUUCCAAAAUAUAUCAUUAAAUCAUCGUGUUCUUUCCCUUUAGCCUGGGAUGAGUUGGGGGAGGGGAUAUUCAUGGAGAUCACUCCUCAAAGAAAAUUAAAUUAUUCUAAAUAUAAAAGCAUAU